UACUAGUCUCGCUCGCGUAGGUGAAGACAAAGUCCAACAAAUUUUCCAACUAUAUUAUUUAAUGAAAAUCGCUUAUAUUACAUAAUUAAGGGAACUUCAGCAACAGGCAGUCGCAGUGACGCACUAGCAAAUAUCGUCAAGAAUCCUUGCUCACCGGUCAUCUACUCAAGACUUCACCUGAUAUUCUAGAAUGCCUCCCCCACACUAUGAUUUCCUCAUCAAGCUUCUCUUGAUUGGCGACUCAGGUGUUGGGAAAUCCUGUCUUUUGCUCCGCUUCUGUGACGAUGCGUGGACGCCAUCGUUCAUAACCACAAUCGGGAUUGACUUCAAGAUCCGCACAAUCGAGCUAGAUGGAAAGCGCAUUAAACUUCAAAUUUGGGACACUGCUGGCCAGGAACGGUUCAGAACCAUAACUACUGCGUACUAUCGUGGAGCAAUGGGCAUUCUUCUCGUGUACGACGUUACAGAUGAGCGAUCAUACAACAGUAUUCGCACUUGGCAUGCUAACAUUGAACAACAUGCUUCAGAGGGUGUCAACAAGAUACUGAUCGGUAAUAAGUCGGAUUGGACAGACAAGCGAGCCGUACCAGAAAUCCAGGGACGUGCACUUGCUGAUGAACUUGGCAUGAAGUUUAUGGAGACGUCUGCCAAGGCGAAUGAAGGUGUAGAAGAGGCCUUCUUCACCCUUGCAAGAGACUGCAAGACUCGGCUCAUCGACUCGCAAGCAGACUCGGCUGCCUCAGUGGGAGGUGCUUCCAACGCAGAUGGGUCAGUGAAAGUCAACCAGCCUGCGACUUCAGCGUCGAUCGGUUGCUGCUCAUAAGCACCUAUGUUGGACGCUAGUACAAUCCGAGCUUCUUUUGUUCAUCUUUUUUCAAACUAUUUCAUGUUACCUCCGUAUUCCCCUUCCAUGUAAUACUGUUCUACCACAUGACACGGUGCUGUUGACUGAAUUAUCUUCACUAGUAUUUGGAGCAAGUGUUGCUUUGACUCGUGGCGCAGUGCUCAAGUGCCGAAGUUCUAAUUAGGAUGAACAUACUUAUGACUGCCCGAAUUGAGUGAUGAACCUAUUGUCUGUGGACCAAUCUGGUGAUCAGAAUGCGUGCUUACACUUACCAGUAUAUGAGGCGG